AUGAAUGUUUGUUUGCCUUUAGUCUUUGCUCAGAUUACAAGGAGACUAACCAAGAAGGGGCAAGCCAGAGCCAAAUUCACUGAUAGUCUGUUCAUCUCUUCAAUGUGGAAAGUGGUGCUGCUGAGUCUAUAUACGGUAUUGGCUGUGAGAGGACUGGUAAAGGGUGCUCCUUUCCAACCAGAAGAAAAAUGGAAACCUCUAGAUAACCCUAGAAACAGAGACCUGUUUUUCAGAACGCUGCAGGCUUAUUUUUCAAGCAGGGGUCUUGAUCUCAGGAAGUUCCCAGCCACUAUCACCAUGAACGAUGAAGGACCAAGGCCUGUCAUGUUCUACUCGGAUCCUAUUGCUUCUGCAUUUGCAGAUUAUGAAGAAAGGAAAAAUUCUUUCCCAAAUUAUUUCAAAGGCUGAAAGAUGCUGCUGACCAAGGUAAAAUAUUAUUUGAAUCUAAGCAUUUCGGUGAUUUACUCAAGAUCUUAGAGAUUAAUUUGUAAUCAGUAUAUUCAGUUUAGGAAUAUAAGCUCUCUGCCUGCUUAACCAUGUCUUUUUGUAAUCAAAACCACAGCUCCACUAUUCUUAUUAUCCCAAAUCAUAAUGAAGACUGCACUCAGAUUUUAAUACUAAGCUCUCAUUUGGCCAAGCUUUUGUGUCAGGGAAAAAGAUUGCACUGCAUAAUGAGUAUUUGCAUGAUAAAUAAAUGAAAAUGAACUUUAAAAGGGAUGCUGUAGCUCUCCUGUAAGUUACAGCAGCAGUAAGAAAACGACUGGUGGAAGUAGUUUGUCCUGCAUAAUUCAGUCAUUCUUUUCAGUGUUCAGAACUGUUUUCUGGAAGUAGAGGUCUGCUGCACUCAGUUGGGGUAUUUCAGCCAGUGUUAGCUUUGAUCAUACCCUGGUUGCAUAUAAAUAUUUCUGUAUUUGUCUCACAUCCUUUGUUUUGUUUUCUUUUUCCUCCUCUCUUUUUCAGGGAUUAACUUUUGAACUUCAUGCGAAGUGGUAACCUUCCCAGCAAAAUAUUACUGCUUUGACUUUUUAACUGUUACCUGACAAUUUAAGUUUUUCCUCACUAUCACAGUUUUUACCUAUGGAAUCUGAUGUCAUGCUGCAAGUAGCACAUUUGCUUUCCAUUGACAAGUAUGUGAUGUUUGCCUGCUACGAUGUGCCCAGAGAGCUGUGUGUGUUGAGAUGUAAAUAAAUGAGUGCAACAGUGUGCUUUUAAGUAUUGCUAACUGUCUUUGUUCAAAAAUGGUAAAUAAAUGUUAUCUUUCAUUUUAUUAGAA